AUGUCUAACCCAUUCGCAGAUACCCACUCCCGACCUCAAGCUCUGGACGACAAUCCCUUUGCGGACACUUCCGACCCAGUCAAUCCAUUCUCCAACCCAUCAAACAACGCUUCGGCCUUCUCCCUCGAAUCCCAAACUACCCCGGUCCCAGGCGGAAGGGGUGCCGGUGGGUUUCAGGCUCAGCAGGACGAUGCGGGUUAUAGGGCUAGGGAAGAAGAGUUGAGAAGGAGGGAUGAGGAGGUUCAGAGGAGACAGAGGGAGUUGGAUGAGAGGGAACGGAGGUUGGAUGCAGGGGAGGGCAAGGCGAACUGGCCGUUUUUCUUCCCGAUGGUCCGCCAUGAGAUCCGGGACCUCCCCCUCUCCCACCAAUCCACUAUGAAACAACUCUACAUCCAAUGGUUAGGCCUGCUCGUGACGUUGAUCAUCAACUUGGUCGCUUGUAUAUUAUUGUUGAUCGCCGGGAGCUCGGAUGGCGGGAAGGACACGGCCGCAGCAGGAUCAUAUACGUUCGUCAUCACCGUGACCUCGUUCUUCCUGUGGUACCGCCCGAUCUACCUCGGGUACAAGAAGGAGGGUGGUUUGGCCCUGUUCUUCUACUUGUACUUCUUCUUUGGCGGUUGGCAUCUACUUUUCUCGCUAUACAUGCUUAUCGGGAUUCCUUCAACCGGCUCGGCGGGCCUGAUCAAUACCAUCUCGAUGCUCUCCCAAUCACACGUCCUCUCGGGCGUCUUUGGCGUGAUCACAUCGGUCGGAUGGGCCGCCCAGACCGUCUUCGGAGGGUGGCUGUACAAGCGGGUCUGGGAUUUCAAGAAUAACAAUGAGGGGAUCAGUUUCCAGAACGCUACCAACCAGUUCAAGGCGGAGUCAUUCAAGACGGUCGUCCUACACCAGUCGAGGAUCUAG